AUGGAACGUGGAUUGUUGGAACUACACUUGCACGCCGAAUCAUUUUUAUUUGUAGAGAGAGAGUUGUUCACGAGCAAGACACUGGUUAAGCUCACACUAUCCGCUGGAUAUGAUUUCGAAGCUGAGCGUGUGUUUCUCCCUGCGCUCAAAUCACUUUAUCUCUUAACUGAUUCCGGGAUUGAUUAUGACAACCAUUGUCGGCUCCUUGAUGGCUGCCCUGCUUUGGAAGAGUUAUUCAUACGUGAUGCUGAUCAUGAUUGUCCGCCAUGUUGCGGUUCAGUCGUGAAAAGUGCAUCCAUCAAGCGACUUGUGGUUUUGGUUAAUCUUCCAAACAAGAGAGACAGUCACGAUUAUGCUUAUUUUGAAGCACCAAGUCUUGUGUACCUUGACUAUUCUAGUUAUGUCUACGAGACUUAUCAGAUUGUUGGUUUGGAUUCGCUUGUCGAAGCCAGGCUGAGUCUCAAGAUAUGGGAUUAUUAUGAUUACAAUUAUGAUUACGAGUAUGAUGACGAAAGUGGUGAUUAUUAUUCUGAUGAUGAUGAGGGUCGUUCUUACUGUUAUUCUUAUGUUGAUGAUGAACGAAAGGAGCCUAUUUUUGGUGAUGUUACAAAUCUACUUGCGGGUGUAACCAACAUUACAACCCUUCACUUGUCUCCCGAUUCCCUUGAGGCAUUUUAUUUCUGCUGUAAAUCCAUGCCGGUUUUCAACAAACUCCUUAAUUUAUUUAUUGAGAGUAACAAGGAUAAAGGUUGGCAAGGAAUGCCUCUUCUCCUGAAGAGUUGCCCAAUUCUACACACUUUAGUCUUCAAGGGUCUUGUACAUAGAGUAACAAACAAAUGUGGAGAUGCAUGUGCUUGCAUCCCUAAGAAGGAAAAGAGGGAGAAUGAGAAAAAGAAUAGGAAGAUUGUGGAGAAGAAAUUGUCUUGUUUAUGGACUUGUCAAGUGAAGGUGCUGGAGAUUUCAAAGUACGAUGGUUCUUUUCAAGAGCUGAAACAGAUGGGACAUUUAUUGGGCAAAUUGGGAUGUCUUGAAUCUGUGAAAGUUGGUGUUCACGCGGACAACAACACUGAGUUCUUGCAAGCUAAUCUGCUGGCUCUCCCCAGACUUUCAUCAAAGUGCAACAAUAUCCAGUUCAGCUGACCUUUUUCUUCCCUCAUGAUGUGGCAUUCUAAAAGUAACUUAAUAUGAAUUUGGUUAUAUC